UAAUUGAUGGUGAAUUAAAUUCGAUUAUAACUACUACUUUUCACUGAAAGUUUUUUUUAAUUAUGAAUCAGAUUUUUGUGAGGAAAGGUAACAAACACCUAUGAUAAUGACAGAAAUUGAUUUCUUCUAUUUAUGAAUGACUUUGUAUCCGAGUUCCAGAGUAUAAAAUCAAGCUAACAAUGCAAGAGAUAGCUGAACCUGUAGGAGGCCAGAAUAACAUGCGAAGAAAACAUAGUCUGUAUAUUAUCUUACUCGAUUAAGCUUUUUGUUGAAGAGCUGCACAAAAGAGAUUUAAUUACCAAGCUGAGACCAGAGUUUGUCGCGUCAUCGGUCACAGGAUUGCUUUUUUAGUCAAUCUUUGAAUUAAGAAUAGUUUAUUAAACCUUAUAAUGUGAGGACGCUGUUAAUUGGUUUAAUAUCUUCGAUCGAGCGGAUAUACACUGAAGGUAUUUUAACAUUGUCAAGUAUUCAGACUACAUUAUAUCAUUUCUACGAAGUACGAUAUAUACGAUUAAUUAACAAGGUUAAUUAAUAUUCUACUUUAAAAACUGAAAAUUGGAUAAGAAGAAACUUUUUUGUUAUAAGCUCCAGAUCAGUAAACACGUACUGUUUCUUAAACAAGGAAAAAAUCUUUACCAUUCCAACUGUACUGAAGACAUCACUCAGAACUAUUGGUCUGGGAUUUACCUUUAUCAAAUUUAAAAUUAAAAGACAACUUUUUCGAGUGUUCUCAGACUGCGUUGUAAACUAAAGUGAGUGUUAGUCGAGUUAAGAAAAUCCUUCUAAUUCAUCAAUGUGCCAACAGUGCUAAUCUUUACAGUCUCAAAGGCAUAAAAGACAACGCAAUUGACUUUCUAGAGAUCUGAGAUUUAACAAUGUACACAGAUUUGAUAUUAGUAUAUCUACAUACAUUAGUUUUAGUUCCAUAUACAAUUCAACAAGAUGGCGCUAGAUUUAUGCCUGUAUUUGAUACCAGUACAAUAAAUUUAACAGUAAUACAAGGAAGAACAGCUUUUAUGAAUUGUACAGUCGACUACAGAGGAGAAUACAAGGUAGCUUGGCUAAAUCCAGAAAAUAAGGUUUUAACUAACGUAGAAAAGAGAAUUAUUGAUGACACUCGGGUAGCCUUACCUCGAAAUAGUUUAAAUGAUUGGACUCUUUAUAUUAGAGAAAUUCAGCAUCACGACGAAGGAGUGUAUUCUUGCUCAAUCAAUACAGAUCCUGUUCAAACUAAGAAGGUUUAUUUAAAGGUACUUGUGCCAGCAAGGAUCAUUGAUCAUGGCACAAGUCAUGAUAUGGAAGAGGAGGAAGGUAAGACGGUACAACUUAUCUGUAAUGCCACUGGUAUUCCUACGCCAACAGUGCAGUGGUUCAGACAUAUACCAAAGACUUCAUUCGGAAAAGAAACAAAAGAAGGUAAAGCAGUGGUAGAGCCUGGUGAAAUCCUAUUGAUACAUAAUAUCUCCAGAUAUUGUGGUGGGACUUAUGAAUGUAUCGCAUUUAACGGAGUUGACAAAGCUGAUUCACAUCAAAUAGAGGUCGAAGUCAUUUUUCGUCCAGAAAUUGAAUUACCAAACCGACGUUUUUCACAGUAUCUCUACAAAGAUACAAUACUACAGUGUAUUGUACGAGCCAAUCCGAGCCAGCUCUUACAAUGGCAACGGAAUGGAAUUCCGAUAGAUAACAACAUGAAGUAUCGAACAGCCGUGAGUGAAGAUUAUUAUGAUAUACAUACAACAAUUUUAGAUCUUAAUAUUCAUAAUAUACAAAAAGAAGAUUACGGAAAUUAUACAUGUGUUGCUUCCAAUAGUCUUGGGAAAGACAAAGAGACUAUGCUUUUAUAUGAAGCUGUAGAAUUAACAAAGCCACCACCUUCAACAACCAAAUUUAUUCCAACACUCAAACAAACUAAUGAAUUUCCUUCAUACGAAGUCUUUGAAAAUAAGAAACGACCUGAGAAACAGAAAAAUGGACAGUCGACAAGAGGUAAUUACAGACCAAGAAGUUUCGGAUUGAAAGUAUUACCAGCUGCUGACCACAUUUUAUUCUGUUUUAUUCUGCUAAGGUUCUGUGCGUUAUAAUAGUUUUAAAAAGUUGAAAAAAAAUGUUAUUUUACUUAAUUCACAUGGCUUGCGUUUAAACCUGUUAUUUUACAGACAUGUACAUAUUUUAUUCAACAUGCGUGUAAAUAUGAUAUUUUACAUGCGUGUUAAUUUUUUUUAUUUUAACAGAAUGAUUGCAUCUUUUAAUAUUUUUUCUACGUGAUAGAGAAAUUUGAACAGUUAUGUUGUUUACCUAAAUACUUGUUAUGUUCAAGUGGUCAUUUAAGUACUAUUAAACCACGAUAUCAUAUAUAAAUAUGGAGUGAUCGUUGCUGAAAUCGUAUGAAUGCUAAAGUGAAUGAGAUUAGUUGAGAAAAAUAGAAGAGUAUGACAAUCUUGACAACACCAUAGCAAAAAGGAAAGACAAACAACAGUAUAAAAAGGAAAGACAAACAACAGUAUAAAAAGGAAAGACAAACAACAGUAUAAAAAGGAAAGACAAACAACAGUAUAAAAAGAAAAUACAGAACAUUAAAGACUGAGCAACACCAACCCCACAAAAACCUGGGUUAUCACAGGGGCUCAAUGAUUGAUAUGGACAGAAAACAAGUGCCUACGGCUAAAUGUACUGAAUCGAGAAACUGGGACGCUUUUAAGAUAAUGACAGCGACCGCAGAUUCUGUCUGUAAAACGUAAAAGAGAAAAUGGACAUUAAAACUUUACAACUGUCAUAGCAUGCCAUUUCUUUCUAAGCAAGGUAGAUAACUCAUGUCGAUAGAAGAUAGCUGACAUUAAUGAAUUUACACGAUUGAUGCAAGCGACAUUCUUCAUUAGUAAUAUAACAUGUUGUUACAAAGUUAUAAGGAUACUGUUAA